GGCUUUGUUGGCCUAAAAGAUCCAUGUCGACCAGGUGUGAAGAAAGCAGUGGAAGCUUGCCAAAGUGCUGGUGUGAACAUCAAGAUGAUCACUGGAGACAAUGUGUUCACUGCAAAAGCCAUAGCAACAGAAUGUGGAAUUCUUCAUCCUAAUCAGGAAGUAGAUGAAGGGGCAGUCAUAGAAGGUGAAGAAUUUCGCAACCUAACAGAUGAAGUACGGAUGGAGAGAGUGGAGAAGAUAUGCGUGAUGGCAAGAUCAUCCCCUUUUGACAAACUUCUAAUGGUGCAGUGCUUGAGAAAGAAAGGUCAUGUGGUCGCGGUCACAGGUGAUGGAACGAACGAUGCACCAGCUUUAAAGGAAGCAGAUAUAGGACUUUCCAUGGGGAUUCAGGGCACUGAAGUAGCUAAAGAGAGUUCUGAUAUUGUCAUCUUGGAUGAUAACUUUGCUUCAGUUGCCACAGUUUUGAAAUGGGGAAGGUGUGUCUAUAACAACAUCCAGAAAUUCAUCCAAUUUCAGCUCACAGUAAACGUGGCUGCGCUCGUGAUCAAUUUUGUAGCAGCUGUUUCAUCUGGUGAGGUACCACUCACAGCAGUACAGUUGCUAUGGGUAAAUUUGAUCAUGGACACAUUAGGGGCAUUAGCACUUGCGACAGAGAAGCCAACCGAGGAACUCAUGAAGAAGAAACCAGUCGGUAGGACUGCACCGCUUAUCACCAACAUUAUGUGGAGAAAUCUAAUGGCUCAGGCCUUAUAUCAGAUUGCUGUUUUACUGACCUUACAAUUCAGAGGAGAAUCAAUCUUUGGUGUCAGCAAGAGAGUAAACGAUACGUUGAUCUUCAACACGUUUGUUCUUUGCCAAGUGUUCAAUGAAUUCAACGCGCGAAACAUGGAGGAGAAGAAUGUUUUUAAGGGAAUAUAUAAGAACAAGCUGUUCAUGGCAAUCAUCGGAAUAACAUUGGUUCUCCAAGUGGUGAUGGUGGAGUUUCUAAAGAAGUUUGCAAAUACAGAGAGGCUGAAUUGGGGUCAAUGGGGAAUCUGCAUUGGAUUUGCAGCUGCAUCUUGGCCAAUUGGUUGGCUUGUCAAGUGCAUAAAUGUCCCAGAGAGACCAAUCUUCAGUUAUCUCAGGUUAAAAUAGAGUAAAUAUAGAUGUUCAUUUUUUUUUGGUCAAUAAGUUAGUUUGUUGCAAUUGUAUUAGUUUGUUGUGAAAUGGUUGAUUUAUGUUGCAUUCAUUUAUUACUCACUACUUGUAUUUCUCUAUGGUAUGUUUCUAAAUAAAGAGUUGUACAGAAUUCUUCUACUA